AUGGAAUUAUUAUUGACUCUUCUGUUUUUUAAAUUCCAACUUGGCGGAGCCUCUAUUUACGACCAUUCUGUCCAUCCUUUCGGCAGUACAGGGAAUAACUUUGACUGCCCAAAUAUCGAGGGAAUAUUAAAAGACACUGGGAUUCCUCAACUCAACAACUUCUGGCCUGAACAGCAAAAGCCACCAAAAAAACUGUCAGAAUGGCUAACAACGUCAAAUGCCAAACUCAUUUCUCAAGAUAGCAAAGCAGAGCCUUGUUUUAACGCCUCUUUCCCGACCGAAUUCUCGGUUGAGGAGCACGAGUCCGUUACCCUCCCAUGUUACAUUCAUAACGUGGAUUUCGACUCCGUUGUAGUAAGUAUUUUUAUCUCGUGUUUUCUUGCGAGGUAAAACAAAUUGAAAUUCCUGGAUUACAAAUGCUACAACGACUGAACGCACGCAAAAACGUAAAUUAUAGUGACUAGCCAACAUUUUUUGGAUUUUAGCUACUUGUAAAAAAAAUUUGUUGACUUUUCGAGCAAACUGAGAGAAAAUGUGCAUUGUUUUAAAGCGAAGCGUUUAUUUGCACAUGUGUGAAUACACACUACAUAAAUAUAUCUGAGCGCAAAUAACGCUAAAGCAUUCCACAUAAUGGCGUUAUUAACAUAGAAUCCUCAGUACUUGAAGGCUAUUGUAUUAUAAUUUACCCCGUUAUUUGAUUGGUUUGACAAUUCUGCCGGCGGGCCAAAAGACCCAUUAAUUGCGAAAGAAAAAGCCUACGUAGUGUUUGGUUAAUUGUCACGCUUUUGUAUACGAAAAAAACGGAUACAUUAAAAAUAUCAAUUUAGAUAUCUUGGUGGAAAGAAGGCGAAGUACGAGAAAUAUCCGUCGGUGACAGUACAAUUAAUUCAAGGUAUUCAAUUUACAAAUCAAGUCCAAACGCUUGGGCGCUGAAAAUUACGAAUGUCACCGUAAACGACACUGGAGUCUACGUCUGCCAAAUCAAUCUUAAGGUCCUGCGCGAAAAGUUUUUCAAGUUGAUGGUAAUCGGUGAGUAUGCAUGGAAAUUCAUUUGAAAAUACUUCUUCAGGAAAAAUAUUUUGUUGUUCUUAUUCCAUAUGAAGCCCAAUUGGUUUAUACUUAAAUGUACUCAAAAUUGUCAGAUAAUACACGUUUUUUAGUUAUAAAUACAGUCUGAAGGAAUACCGUUUUUACGGCAUUUAUGAGAUUGUAUUAAUUAUAGCACAAAAUAAAUCAUACAAAUAUACCUGUUAUAUUUUAAAGGUUUUGCCGGUCAGGGGCCCGCGAUGAGCGUAUUUUUAGUUACGUGUAAAAUUAACUUAUAUUCAUGGUUCCAUGCACUGCGACAACUUUGCGCUAUCAUUAUUUCAUAAACAAAUUCAUGUUGCUCAAGCGUUUCGAAGACCUUCUUCAAUUCCAUGAAUUCCUUUUCCAUUUAACUGUUGUAGUUCUUUUGCUGUAAACCUUAAGGUCUGUUUUUGACCUCAGCAACCGAACGCCUCCACUAGGUUGGAUGUGUAUGCUGUUUUACGUUUUUCAGAAUGUCGGUUCCUUAUUGUCCCUAUGAUUGAAAAUGACACCAACAUUGAGUUUGAGAAAUAAGAACAAGCAGAUAAAUUGACGAAAAUGGUCACAGAGAUUUGCUUAAGUUGUUGUAUAAAAUGACCGCUGACUAGUCUACAUGAAAACCUUGUAGCUCUUGGUACGUUACGCACAUGUCUACUAGGAGAGUCUACUAGCAGCUAGCAUCUUUUAGUUCGGCAGAAUAUUUUUAUACCAAUGUCUUUUUGUCGGAUAACAGUAUUUAAGUACUUGAUUUUGGCACAGUUGGAUCAGAAGCCUUCAGUAUAGUAAUAUGCAGACUGUUUAAUUCUGAAUGUCAUAUUUGUUGUGCAGUCGAGGUCAAGUUAUUCUUGCAUACAUAUGAUUGUUCCUCUUCUGAGAACGCAGGCACGUUAGAUUAGCGAUAACUGCAAUAAAUAAAAUCAAAAGGACAAGAAAUCUACACUGUUUAUGACGACACACCCAUCAAAUUGUAGAAGAAAACGGGGUGACCGUUUUAAGCGCACAAUGUUCUGCGGAGACUUAAAUACUAGAAAUAGCCACGAAGUCUGCAUAAUUCCAAAGUGUAUGGUUUAACUUAUUUUUGGCCAUUAAACAUUAGUUAUGGAAUGCAGAUACCAAGAUAUCGAAAUGCUCAUUAAAUUUUUAGUUGGUCAUAUUUUCAUUAGUUAUUUGCACUCAUUAAAGUAUUAAUAAUUUGUUAAUUGUGUUCCGUCUCAAGAAUAGAACCUGUAUUAAUUUUGGGGAAAUAAUUUUGGGUGUAACUUAUUUUUACAGAAAAUAUCCACAAACCUUAACGUUUAAGCGUAUGUCAAUGUCAAUGCGUAAUCAUCUGAGCAACGCUGAUAAAAACAGCGCAGCAAGAUGCGAACCGUUGUUUUUCGUUUCAUCGCACAUUAAUUGUUUUGUGCUGAAUUUAGCUAUUCAUAUCUAAAAUAUAUGCGUGCGAAUAAAGGGGUCAAACUUACAUAGCUUAACUGCAACACCGAAUAAGUACCCAUUUAUCAUUUGCGCAAUGAGCACUAUACCGGGUAUUCCGAUAAUAAUUGUUUUCCGAAAACUUUGUCCACAGGUCACACAUUUCAUGAUUAAUGGUGAGCUGUGAGCUCAAAAAUAUAAGUCUAAACGCUCCGCCAAGUUAACAAUGAAAGACCAGUUACAGCAAAUGACGUAACUCACGAAACAUUGGUCAAAAUUCUGAAAUUUAUUUCGCCUUAAAAUGAUUACUGCAUUUUGUAUAUAAGACUGAUUAUCAUUGCACAUAAAUCUAAAGCAUUUUAUUUACGUCAGAAUGUUGUCUUUCAAGUGAGUCUCAUCUCAGACAAAUUCAAAAGUUACGCUCAAUAAAAUAUUACUAUCAAGUCAUAACGAUUUUUUCAGAAACUUUCAAUAAAUUGAAAUUUAAUUUGCCAAGAUACAAUGCGAAAAUAUGUAUGUUGGUACAUGUGUAGCAGCAACUUAAUCUUAUUCGGGCCUUUUGACGAGUAGAAAAAUAACAAUUUGAAAAGGUUUGUUAUAAUGAAAGUUUAGGACUGCAAAGUGCCCGAUUAACUAGCAUCAUGCGAUCGUUAAAUGGUGUUUUUAAUGCAUAGACAGAUAAAUAAAUAUCUUUACACAUAAAAUAAAUGGCCGUUGGUGAGAGAACCCUAAAUACAGGCUCAUAGAGAGGAUAUAUUUAAAAUUACUCAGGAAAUGGAAGGCUUUGUUAACUCUGUAAUAUAUUUUUUUCAACUAGAAGACUAAGGCAAACAUAAUAUUUUUUACAUAUGUGUAUUAAAGCAUAUUUAAGGAUAUUUCUUGUAAAAUAUAUUCGAAGUUAUAACGCGUUGAAAAUCGACAGGAUAUUUGCGUUGCAUAUGCAUAAAUCGUUUUCGGGUCGUGGCUACUAUAGCCGAUAUUUCAACGGGAGUGAAACUCUUCGGUUAUGUGGCAUACUAAGCAAACUGGGACCCGAAUUAAACAAUCCUUUUUAUUUUUAAGCACAUUUUGCAAUAUUUGGUUAAAUUUUCUCGAAGUAUUUUAGUUAUCCAAUUAACGUUUAUGGCUUUUUCUGGCCCAAAGUUUGUUUUAUUUGUAUGAUGGUCUACGCCGAAUUUUCAAAAUUUUUUUUCGCAAAUACUUAAAGGUGUAAAAGCCAUCCUACAUGUGGCUUGAAACAAGUCGAUAAGUGACUGCAUUAUUCUCUUCAAAGGCUCCCAAUGUCUUUACUUUUUUGAGAUAGGGCGAGACAUCUGAUUGCCUAAAAUGUUAAGUGCUUCCCACAAUGGAAAAAAAUAUCGACUGGACGCUUACCCACCUAAUGUACCCUACAUCUGGAAUGUGAAAACAUUUGUCAUCACUUCUUAGCUAUAACACAAUACUGUAUAUUAUGUUUGUGGCAUUUAGAGGACUUCUCCGACGUGGUUAUAAAUGCAUAUCUUUAAUAAAAAUAAUUCAAAGUUUAGACCUUAUAUGAUAAAAUGAUUUUUGAAGCUUUAUCCAGAAAAAUUUGACGCACUUUCUCAAAGUCAGCUCCUAUCUUUAAUAGCGCUGCGUUCUCUCCGAUUUAUUCUGACCUUCUGGAAUAGGCAUAUGUGAAAUUUGUGAGAUAACUUAUUUACUUUAUGCUAUUUUUGUAGUUCAUAUUAAUUGAAAUGCCUAAAAACUUGUUUCCUCCUGCCUUCUAACUCCGCGGCUGUUGUUUCCUCAGAGCAAAAGAAGACUUUAGAUCGUGGUCGGACAAAUGACGUUCUUGUAAAGGAUGAGGCCAUAAAACCGACUAUACUCAAAAGUGAGUUUGCAGCAUUUACCGUCUAUAAAUGUUUCACUACUGAUGCAUGAUCCGUGCGUUGCCUCACCCACAAAUACUUUUCCGUUUCGAGAAACGACCUUGCCAAUUUGUAUUGACAGUAGCUGUCAUCCUGUGUCAAAACGUAAGUUUUUCCCAGAUUAUGUUACUUCCAUAUCAAUGUUACUCAUAACGGAAGAAAAAAGACGCUGUAAUCAUGAACAAAUUGUACGACAACAUUACUUCGCUAAAUGUAAAAACGGGUCUAAUUAUCGGUUUAACUCGUUUUAUUAUUUGCGAAGUAUUAAUGGGUUUUUACGCAGUUUCAAUCCUAGCGCCAAUUUUGACUUAAAAGUUGAUCUCGUAACAAAACCUUUGCAAGUGCGUUUUCAAAUGGACUUAGAUAAACUGUCUUACUGUGGUAAAUUUUGUUUCAUUUCCUUAAACAAUAGUCAUAGAGUACUACAAAACCUGGCAGAAAUGCGGAAUUGUUUUUAUUUUCUGAAUUUCAAUUGCUAUAUUUGUUGACAAAUAUGGCAGAAUAAUGCUCUUACGUUCUAAAGAGCGAAUACACAAAAGGGUAAUGGGUCUUCCAAUUUGAUGUAUAUAGGAUGCUUUUAACUCAGUUUGGAAACCACAUGUUAAAAAGGUUGUUCAUAAUGGAAUUGUUAAUAAUAAUUAAUAAUAAUUAUUACAUUUGGUUUUACAGCAAGGUCAUGUGACUCUGUAUCUUUCACACGAGGCUUGAAUUAAUUGGCUAAAUGGUUUUGAUUUGACCGAGCAUUAUGGAGGCAGCCUAAUACUUCCCGGGUAAUUGAAAACGAACACCAUUUCAGCAAAUGAAUCAUUAUGGCUGAAACUGUUAACUUUAUCGCCGCAAGCCUUUCCGAUAUUGAGUUGUACAUAAGUACUUUUAGACUUUAAAGUAACUUCCAUAUUCCAUUAUGAAUAUGUCAGACAUUCCUUAACAAUUUCAGAAAAAAAUCAAUAACCUAAUGGAUGGCACAUGAAAUAAACAGCAGCAGGGCAUUGAGAAAAUAUAUAAUUACUGCAGGCAAAUAGUUUAGAAUUUUGCAAAGAUAUCAGUUGCGCAAGGGUUUUAUUUAGAAGUGACGCCCAAAGUACAUUAACCUUACAUUUUCAUUUUAUUUACACUUUAUUUACAUUUCAUUUACAUGCACAUUUACACUUAAUGUACAUUUGAAUUACAUUAAUAUAAUUGUCUGAAGUUCAAAGCUUGUUACCUGGAUUUAAAUAUAACGUCACGGAUUAUCUUCGAAUCACAAAAUGCUAAUGAAAAGUGCAUGUGGCUAAUGAAGACCGGAAUGAAGGUCGAGUGCCAGCGGUAUGAAUAAGUACAGAAGACUGACCAAACACCCGUACAAUUUAUUUAUUAUUCUGAACUUUUGGACACGUGCAGGUUUCUAUUGUUCGUGAUAGCAGCACGACCAUAACGUGCGAGAAUUAUAGGACGUAAUAGUCAAUCGUCGAUCGAUGGUGAGAAACGGGGAUGAACUGCUCAGAGCUCUGUCAUCCGGCUUCAAUUAUUGCUCGGCCUAUUUUAUUUCCGGCGUGGGCGACUAUCUUGGCGGCUGCGGAGUUAAACUCAUGACCCAGUUCGUAGGUGUAGGCAAUCAUUUGCGAUAAUCGUCGCCCCAUCGCACAGUCAGCUCAUGUUCAUGCAUGCGCUAUCCAAGCAUGCUUUAGUUUGACUUGUGUAUUUGCAGGGACAGCUUGGACACAGGAUGCGAUAGAGUUACUCAAACGUCUCCUAGGGAUUUACUUUGCUAUUGAUUUUCAUAAUCCUGUUACGCAUGGUAUCUCUGGGGUCGUGUGCGAUCCCACAAACUAGUCCCCAGCAAUGCACUGGGUCACUUCUAAGACGCCCUUUAUGGAUGGCAGAGCGUGCUAUAUUCUUGGUGGCUUUUCUGUCUGGGUCUUUAAUGACGGAACGCAUAAUUAUCGCACUUUAAAUGUUUUCGGCCAGCCCUUCGGCACAAAGUGGUCGUGGAGAUAACGGGUCUCGUGUGAUGUUUCCCUGGUUCGUUACAGUGAGUUUGAAUCCGCUUCUAGCGCCUUUCACAUAGAUUCAUUUAUGGAUCACUAAAUGGUUGUUGUGGAACCUGAGAGGUUGAGCGUUAGUCGUUGCCUUCUAAAAAAGCGUCGUUUCAAGUUCAUUGCUAAGAUUUCAUCUGACGAGCACAUCGUGAAGGGGCAGUUACUGCCCAUGUCCUUCUUCCCUCGUGAAUUUUAUAUUAGAAGCGUUUGCUUUGAGCAAAUUGUGGAAAUUCUGUUGUUAAGUUUGACGGUGGACUCAUGUAAAAGUUCUAAAGCUCAGAGCUACAAGCAAACUGUUUUGGUGCUCGACCGGACUUCUCCCUUUUUUAUAUUGUACUUCAGCAUAUACGGACGUUUAGCUCCAUACAGUGAAAAGGCCUACUAUGAAGGCUUUUAAUAUUUAUGCUUGUAUCUUCCUAAACGUUUCUCAAAAGAGCACGGAGGUAUCAUAUUUACAAAAAUUGAUAACUUACAAAUAAAAUGGGAUAAGUAAAAUCACGUAGUUUUCAAACUAUAUUUCCCAGAUUCGGCUAAAUUAAUAAAUAACAGUGCAUACGUCAUCUUUCUUAAAGGUUGUUUUGUGCGGUUUCGUUAUGGGAAUGGAUGAAUAUGUUCGAAUUUAUCCUAGUUGAUAUUUUUCUAUUUUUGUUAACCGACCUAAGAGGGAUCUGCAAAUGUCAAAUCAAAUAUUAUAUGUUUUAUAUUAAGUGUUGGGUUCACCGAUAACUUAAGCAGUUUUAUUGCAGUGUUGCUCAUUAAGACAAAUAACUAAAGGAUUUAUAAAUAUUCGUAUCCGAAUUGAUUAAAGGAAAUAGCCUGGUCUUUAGAGCAUUGCCACAAAAUAUCGUAGCCUUAAUUUUUAAGGGUUGAUUUUUAUUUGGGGUCGCAUAUUCUCCUGACAACCAUUUGAUAACAUCUGAGCAGGAGUAAAAAUUAGGUAAUUAAAUAUCAAAAAACCGUUUCUGGAAUUCUAACCUACGUUUCAACAUCAGGAUAAAUAUGUGCAAUUCAAAAGUCGUUUCUUUGGAGUUAAUGAUUCUGGCCUUCAAAAUAAUUUCUGACCUUUUGCGUUGAACUGAACAUAACUCAGUUUGAGACGAUAAUAAUAAUUAAAGUAACAGAAAUGACGACCCCCGUUCCAUAUCCCAAAGAACGGUCAAGUAUUUAAGAAUCUGGGAUAGCCACCAGGAAAAAGAGAAAAAGACACAAACAGCAUUUUUUCGAAGGAAGAUUAGUUACUAUGUCGCAAAUUGCAGCAGUUAAAAGGGUUUCGCAGUUGCGUAUUUUAAGUUGCAAAUACGAGUUUUUUCGAAAGAAAUAAGUUCUUUGGAAAAUAGAAACAAUUUUAUUUCACAUUUUUGACUUUGGUUCCCAAAGUCGUCCUCAGACUUAAAGUAAGUGUGCAAAACAGUUAACAUUUUAACAUGCCUAAAAUUAAUUUUGUCCUGUCAUUAAUGCUGGCGUAAUGUUCUGAUUAGUCAAUACCUUUACCACUUUUCCUUAGGGCUGUUGUACACCGCAUCCAAUUCUACGUGUCCAUUGAUGCAUGCGUUAUCAGAAUAGAUGGCCUCUAAAACUUCACGGCUUUUCUUAAAUGAGCAGAGACCUACAAUACGUGUCCUGUCCCAGGCGAAUUUGUCUCCAGUUUCCAGCGUAUGCAUGGCAACUUGGGACAAGUGGUCUCGCGAUCUUACGGCCAGUUGACAUUCGUUUAUUCGUGUAGGGGCCGAUUUCCCAGUUUAACGAUAGUAAACCGCAUUACAAGUGUUGCAUGGUAUCCUAUAGACGACUUCCUUCUUAUUUAAACAGCCAACCCUAUCCUUAGGGUGUACAAGCUAGUUACGAAAUGUCGUCGUCGGCUUGUGUGCCACAUGUUUUUGAUGCUUCCUUAUAUGUCUUUCAACUAGUUCGGACGCAUUCUUAAUGUAUGGAAGUGUUCGCCAGUUUUUCAUUUUGGGCUUCUGAUCGGAACAAUCUAGUUCCUUGUCCUUUUCUUUUAACUCCUGUCGUACCAUACAUUGGUGUACAAAAUAUGCAGAAUACCCAGUAUGGAAAAACAGGUUAGGCAAAUAAUUCAGUUUUAUUCGAUAGGUUUCGUUGUCAGAACAGUGAGUUCUUGAUCGCUUCAGGAGGCUGUUCAGGGCACUCCAUUUGUGAGAAAUCCGGUGAUUUCUCUCGCAUACAGUACAGUAUAAUUUACAACACAUUACUUUAUAGUAUACUGUGCACUAAUGUACAGUAUACAGUACCACGUGAGCCUAGUUAUAGGCAACGGUGCUUCAGUUGAUUUUUAUCCAAUUUGUUUACUUAUAUUUAUAUUUAUUUAUAUUUGUGCGUAUGCCAAUGGGGGACGAUCGGCUUGACAAUUACGACACAAACUAUACCCUUGAUCCCAUUGUAACGCCAAUUGCUCUCAACAUACAUUAUAAUUACUGGUUUUUAUUUUUGCGGAUCAGAUGAAGCUUACAUUAAAUUGAUGCCUUCAUUGUCACAUAAACGCCUUAUUCAUUUACUUUAGGAAGCAAACACUUUGGUAAAUUAUUCUAGCAGUCAGACAGUUUUCUUGGCUUAUCGACAAAAACAGUUUGGUAAUUACGUCUCGCUCUUUAAAUAAAAUAUCCUAAACCGCGAGUAUUCGACAAGGUUUAAGACUAUUGUGCAAUGAACGUAAUCACACACAUACUUUUACGACUGGAUUGUAUUCAAAUGUUUGUAUUCCAGUGAUAUUACCUAUUUUAAAACGAAAUAGUCAAUAACUGCCUUGCUCAGAGUAAAUGAGAACUUGAUUGAAGUUAGUGCUUCGAGAGCCGUGGCACAUCAAUAAAACCUAUCCUCUAAUGCUUUACAAGAAGACGUGAGUUUAAACUACUCACAGUACAAAACAGAUAUUCAGUAAAAGUGUUAUUGAACAGUGUCUUAAUAUAUCGUGGGCUUUCUAUAGGUGUACACAAUGUUUCAGUAUUAAAACAUAUUAUGUUUGCAAAAAUAUACAAUACCGAAAACGCUUAUAUAAAGAACUUGGUCUUUUGCCGAAAGUCUUCCAUAUAAAUAGCACAUAAAAAUACAGUGCGUUAUUAUUUGCAUAUGAAAGGAACUUUUACGCAACAAAAUUUGAGUUUUCUCCCUGGUUAUGGUAGAGGCCGUUGAAUAUUGAGAAGCUAAAGUGUCUGCAGACCUUUUAUUAUCGGUCAUCGGCUUAGAACCGAAAAUGUAGACGUUAAACAGGCGUAAACGUGUCACGAAAUAAUGUGCCUAAGCAGAUAUUUAAAGUUUUUCCAGCCGUCAUUUGGUGGUGAGAAAUUUAUAUUUCGUCGUUAACUUCUGCACCACAUUCGUAGUCUAGCCUAAAAAUAAACGCCAGCAGUGGAGAAAAUGGAUACUUGCAGCAAUUACCCGCGAUAACAAUUGUGCCAAAUAUAAAAAAUUGCUUUCUCAUGUCUUUUAAUUCGGAAGUACUUAUCGCUAAAUUUCACGGAUGAGCGCUGAUGUGACUCAAUUUCUCAGAGGAAACACAGGGAGAAAAUGAGUACAAGGUCCUUGUUCAUGGAGUUUGCAUAGUGCUAAAGCAACUUCGUAUUGAUGCAGAUAAAGUGGUCUUCGAUGGUUACUAACGGAUUGUUCUUUUCAGGGUAAUCCAAAUCAGUACUCCUUCUAGGAUAAAUAUGCAAGCUAAUUUCCCAGGACUAAUGAAUAUCUUUUAAAGGGCGUUGAUAAAAUUUCGUCCUUUGAGUACUGCCAAUGGAUAUAUUCCGUAUAAAAGUCGACCUAGUGGAAAUGAUUAGAAAGCGGCCUAUUGUUGACCACUUUAAGUUCUCAGAACACGGGUUGGCCAGUGCUUUUUAGUUGACAACCCGUAUUUGAGUUUAGCAUACUUUUCAAUUUUUUUAUGAACAUAAUUGGUCAUACAUAACAUAAAACAGAAUACAAUUUCAAUUAUAAUCUUUCAUUAGAUGGAAAUGCCUAGAACCCUCUCUGGCCUGGCAAAUAAAAUAUAAAAUGGAUUAAAUAAGUUAGGUGUAGAAGGCAGCGACUACCCAAAUAUUUGGCUACUGCAACUUAUGGAUGUCAGGCAUCCUUAAAGGCAAUUACUACUAGAAAUUAUGUUCAGAAAAACCGGUUUUCACUGGAUCUUUCUUGUUUGCUGCUAGGCUAAAUAGAGUUUUCUAAAAUGGGAACAACGUAGACCAAUAAUGCAACCCAUAGAGCAAAUUCUGUCAGAAUUUUCUUGUUGUUGACAAUAGUUUAUUGUUGUUCGUUAGUAUUUUUAAAGAAACCCAAAAUUCCGAGGGCAUCGAGACCUUAAAAGUCGUUAAUUACAGGCUACUAUCGGUAGUUGACUUUGCAUCCUUCGUUUACUUAGUCCGAAAAUGCACUAGAAUGAUAUUUAAUGACACGAAGGUUUGGGUUGUUAAUCGGUUUCCUGAAAGACGGCAUUAAAUAUCAAGCACCAUGUCUCUGACUUAUGGCCCAUUAGGGUACAUGGCAUUUUUACAGUAGUUGGUGAAAUAAGUGAACAUAUAGGUUGCUAGUCGACCUUAUUUAAGUAAACAUUUUUUACGAAAACAGCCUAUUAUUUGCAUCUCUGACAAUAAUAUCUUCCGCCUUUUCUUCAGGUUAUUAGAACCCGGAAAGGACAGCCUUCCUCAGAAUGUCCAAAAUAUGCAUUUUAGUUUUGCACAAAACGUCUAAAAUAGAUGGCUGUCUUUUUUCGUAACUAGCAGUGCAUAGUGAGUUUUAGGACACACACUGCAAUAUGCAGUGAUGCACUUUUUUGUUUCUGUCAUUUAUCCAUAACAGGCCGCCGCAUACUUGUAAACUUUGAGUUAUGUAUUUGUAUUGGGAGCCAAUGCUUUUCAGUAACAUUCCUAUAUUUGAACCUUUGAUGUAAACUCUAAAAUGCCCUUCCGGUUUAUUAUAGAUUUCUCAUCAUCUCUAUAUAACUUUGACGUACAAUGUUUUGACAACUGCAUUCUGACCUUAUGUUUAACAAUUCAUCUAUUCUGCCAAUAGUCAUUACCCCAUAUCUUGCAUUUGAGACAUCGAUUGACUUUUCAAUUUUCCAUAUCCCAAAGGACAAACUUUUUGUCUAACUCCCUCUAUGCUGAUGGCAAGAUAACUUGUAAUAUGUGGGUUUUUAAAAUGUAAACCACCAGGCGCUUGAGCAAGUUUGCCUACAUGUAACAAACCGCUCGGGGAGUAUGACCUUAAACCACCGUCUUUUUUAUUUUAGUAUUUGCGCCUGUAAUUAGGUUGUGUUUGCGGUGCUGACCCCUAUAAACUCUCCAUUGGCUCUUCGCUAUCAUAUCUAUAUGUUUAUAUUUCAGACGGAUAUUUGUUUUAGUCCUGUUGUUUGAGUUUUUGAUUAGCUCGCUGGUUUCCGUCUGGACGCUUGAUAUGUUAUCAUGCGCAGUAAAGUUCUCUCACGUAGCUGAUAACUUGGACUGGCUCCUGAUCUCCUGAUUUUUUAGAGUAAUCCUCGAAGACCUAAUCAGAGGAGAAAAGGGAGAGUAUAGGAAGCAAAUGACGUGUAGAGUUUUUACGCAGACACUAGAUUGUGAGUGGCAUAUUGCGUCCGGCUAAGCAGGUACGGAGCAUUCGUCGCAGUUGCGUUUUAUUGGCGCACUGGUUGCUUGACUUGUCAUGUCAGCGUGCUGAUUGAAAAGCCUUCUUUUCCGACAUCUGUGUCCAGCUGUUGUCGUCUUUGUAAUCUCGUUCGUUAAUAGGUUUUUCUAAAGCAAUGUUUACGGCCGAGCUUCCCGAUCAUUCGGAUUUUGUUGCUUUUAUUUAUUAAAAUCGAUAGGGAAUGCCUGAUCCAAAGAACUUGCAACUGAUGUGGUGGUCAAAUCUUACCAGACUUUGGCCACGUUGACCCCAAAACGUACGACCCGGUCACGUGAAUUAUACCUUAAGGACCGACUAGUUUCUCUUAGCAGUGUCAAUGCGUUUUCGCCCAGUGAUUUCAGUAAGAUUCCUCUUUUUUAGCGUUUUUUCAAUAAGUUUGCAGCCUCGGACAAUGUACUGUUGGUGGAAGCUUAUUUUAGAAUAUCCACGCAGCACAAAUGAGCCCGAUAAUUAACUCAAUGCUUUUCAGAGAUGCAAACAAGGGUUAAUCUGGCCAGUUUUUGUUCUUUUUAAUAUGGAAAUAUAAAAUAGUAUGUUUUCAUACUGCAACACGUAGUUGAAAUAUAAACCUAUCAAUUGCUUAACUUAAUGGCACACAGUACAUUUAAACUUUUGCAGUUUACGGAUAACAUAAUAGUUGGAUUCAAAGCUCGGUUUCCGGCAAAAAAUGUGUUAUUUCACUUUUUGCGCGGCCAGGUGAAAGGGAGCAAGUAUACCAGAACUCCGUAGUCCUGCAAAAUACUAAAACAUGGAAGUUAAAUGUUUAUGCGAAAAAAGCUAAUCCGACCGAUUCGUCGAUAAAAAUUCGAAUGGCAGGAUUGCAAGUAUCGUGUUGAAUAUUUGUAAAUAACUGCACUUUACUGAAAAUGCUUUUAGAACCUGCAACAACCACCUCACAAUGGAAGCCAUUUCUAACGACGUUUGAAUACCACAAGAAGAGACGAACUUACUCGUCCGCAACAAGUGGUUCCUUCAAACGGAAGCUCACAUACAAUGGCCUGCUUCUUUUACCGGUACUGAUCGCAACACUUGGCGCUUGCCGGAUAACAUCAUGUGUUUUUCUAUUACCAUCAAUUUUAACUGCGUUUCGUUGA